GAGGCGGCUCACCGGAGGAGGAGGAGGAGGAGGAAUGAGGCAACACUGUCAGCCUACAGGACAUCAGUUUUCGGACACGCUCCGUGGAGACCAGCUGAGGAGAGGAGUGGGACUGUGACGGAGGAUUGUGGCGCUGCUCCUCCCUCCACUCUCAGCCAGGUGUUGCAUUCGAGCCCCUCGUGUGGAUGGAGAGGCUGUGGAGCUCACACACUCGACACUGAUCCGUCUGCAGAGCCUCCUUAGAAACAACAAGUUGAUCAGUUCCUCCUGGAUCUGCUUCAGCAGAAGGAUUCUCUCAGCGGAUUUAUUUCGGUUUUGCUUUUCUCUGGAUCUAUCUUUUUGGGGAGCGUGUGUUCUGAUGAGGAAUAACGUCCACAUGCGUGAUCUUCUUUGAUUUUACGCGCAAAUAAAAACAAGAAUGUCAGAGUGACCGAGCCAGCUGUGCCAACGGCGCAUGAGCCAGAUUUGGGGGUUAAAUUGAUUUUGUUCUUGCCGUUCUCUCUGACUCAGCUUGAACAUCGUCUUGGCUCUCCGUGACGCCGCGGCACCCUGAUGGUGCGGACGGUCGGCGCACGGUGGCUGCAGCUGCUGCUUGGACACGCCGCCCGGUGAUUUUUCCGCCUCCACAGACGGAGACGCGGCCAUGGCGCUGAUGGUCAGUGGUUAAAAUGGGACAUCAUUUCACUAUGGAGUCGGAUUUAUGUGCUGUUUCUUCAGUGAAAUAAGGAUGACCUCCAACUGCGCUCCUUUACCCCGUGCCGUGCUCGCCGCAGUCCGAGAGAGAAGCACGCGGUUCGAUGCGCAAGACUGGAUGUCGUCUUCUCAACGCAGCUGAGCUUACUCGCCAAGAGGGAAGGGUCAAGAAGAAGAAGAAGGUAGCCUUUAUGAAUCCUUCAAGGCGAAAUUCAGACUGUACUCUUUGUUGUUGAGCAUGCACAAAGGCUGAAAUUCAUGCACAAACAGGAUCCAGAGGUGAGGCACUGAUGGAGAGAUGUCAGGGUGAGGGGCUGCUGCACACAAAGGAGCACCCAAGUGGUUGGGUGUUCAGUGCCUUGCUCAAGGGCACAUCAGCAGUACUCAGGAAGUGAACUGACACCUCUUCGGCAAAUUGUAGACUUGAACCGGUGACGGUUCCCAGCCCAAGUCCUUAGAAACUGAGCGUCUGUCAGCAGUAAAGCGACUGACAUUAACCAAAACAACUGAUAGACAAUAACAACAGCAGCACAGGCAGCAGCGAUGGAGCUGUCAGAGGUGCGGUGCUCCAGCGCCAGCGAGGAGCUGUACACCAUCAACAAAACCCCGAGCAGCAGCAACAACAGCAACAGCAGCGGUGGCAGCACGCGACCCAAGCGGCUGCUGUGGCAGAACGCUGUGCGGCACAUCACAGAGCAGCGGUUCAUCCACGAGCAGGGAGGAGGGGUGAAGGGGAUCGGGACAGACGAGCCCUUUGACCCCAGCCAGGAUUCACGGAAGCACUCUGCAGGGCGGACGUCUGUGGGCGAUAGGCACAACAAUGGCGGGACUAAGGUGUUCCCAGAGCGUGCAAGCAGCGACUUAGGCUUUCUGCAGAUCGACUGUGCGCCGAGCAACUCAGACUUUUUUCUGAACUGGGGCUACACGUACCGGGGGGUCAUCUUCCCCACGCUGCGCAACGCCUUCAAGUCUCGUGACUUGGAGCGCCUCUACCAGCGCUACUUCCUGGGCCAGAGGCGUAAAUCAGUGGUGGUGAUGAACAUCCUGGAUGUGGUGACUAAACUCACCUUGCUCGUGCUGCACCUCACCCUGGCCUCCUCCCCCAUGGACCCCAUCAAAGGGACGCUGCUGGGCUUCUUCACGGGCAUCGAAGUGGUCAUUUGUGCCUUAGUGGUGGUGAGGAAGGACACCACGUCGCACAGCUACCUGCAGUACAGCGGCGUGGUCACAUGGGUGGCCAUGGCCACGCAGAUCCUGGCGGCCGGGUUGGGCUAUGGGCUUCUGGGUGACGGGGUGGGAUAUGUGCUCUUCACCCUAUUUGCUACCUACAGCAUGCUGCCGCUGCCGCUCACCUGGGCGAUACUGGCAGGUCUGUUCACCUCCGGGCUUCACAUCCUGGUUCAGAUGCUCAUCUCCCAGAAUGCACAGCUCUCUACUAACCAGGUUGCUGCUCAGGCUGUAUUGUUCAUGUGCAUGAACACUGCUGGGAUUUUCAUCAGUUACCUGUCAGACCGGGCUCAGCGCCAGGCCUUUCUGGAGACGCGGCGCUGCAUCGAGGCUCGGCUGCGACUCGAGACAGAGAACCAGAGACAGGAGAGACUGGUGUUAUCAGUCCUGCCACGUUUUGUAGUUUUGGAAAUGAUCAACGACAUGACAAAUGUAGAGGAUGAACACCUCCAGCAUCAAUUCCACAGAAUCUACAUCCACCGCUACGAGAAUGUCAGCAUUCUUUUCGCAGAUGUUAAAGGCUUCACAAACCUCUCCACGACGCUGUCCGCGCAGGAGCUGGUGCGAAUGUUGAAUGAACUUUUUGCACGCUUCGACCGCCUCGCACAUGAGCAUCACUGUCUACGGAUAAAGAUCCUGGGAGACUGUUACUACUGUGUAUCUGGUCUACCUGAGCCCAGACAAGACCACGCCCACUGCUGUGUGGAGAUGGGCCUCAGCAUGAUCAAGACCAUCAGGUAUGUAAGAUCGCGUACGAAACACGACAUCGACAUGAGAAUCGGGAUCCACUCAGGCUCAGUGCUGUGCGGCGUGCUGGGACUCAGGAAGUGGCAGUUUGACGUUUGGUCCUGGGACGUAGACAUCGCCAACAAGCUGGAGUCUGGAGGGAUCCCUGGGAGGAUCCACAUCUCCAAAGCUGCUCUGGACUGUUUGAACGGCGACUACGAGGUGGAGGAAGGUCAUGGGAAGGACCGGAACGACUUCCUCCGCCGACACAACAUCGAGACGUACCUCAUCAAGCAGCCGGAGGAGAGCCUGCUCACUCUGCCUGAGGACAUCAUGAAGGAGGCGGCAAGCUCUGCCGACCGGCGGGCCAGCAGCACCACCUUCAACGAGGCAUCCUGGAGCCCCGAGCUUCCCUUCGACAACAUUGUGGGGAAACAGAACUACUCACAGAUGAGGGACGAGGUCUUCAAGUCCAACCUGGUGUGCGCCUUCAUCGUGCUCAUCUUCAUCACAACCAUCCAGAGCUUGCUUCCAUCUGCCAGAAUGGUUACCAUGGUGAUCCAGUUUUCUAUCCUCAUCGUCCUCCACUCCUGUCUGGUCCUCGUCACGACAGCUGAAGAUUACAAAUGUCUGCCGCUGGUUCUUCGCAAAGCGUGCUGCUGGAUCAACGAGACCUACGCCGCACGGAACGUCAUCAUCUUCGUGUCAAUCCUUAUCAACUUCCUGGCAGCCAUGAUCAAUAUCCUGUGGUGCGAUUUCGACAAGUCCAGCACGUUCAGGAACCAGACGUACAAUGCAUCGGCCUCCAUCCCAGACAUCUGCUUCUACCCAGAGUAUUUCGUGUUCACGGGGGUCCUGGCGAUGGUGACGUGUGCCGUGUUCCUGCGGCUGAACUCGGUGUUGAAGUUGGCGGUGCUGCUGGUGAUGAUCGCCAUCUACUCCCUGCUGACCGAAGCUUUCUACACCUCACUGUUUGUUCGUUACGACACCGUCCACCACAACACAGAGAAUUUCCUGGGGACCAAAGAGACGUCUUUACUCCUGAUGGCCAUGUUCCUCCUGGCUGUGUUUUACCACGGACAACAGCUGGAGUACACAGCUCGGCUGGACUUCCUGUGGCGCGUUCAGGCCAAAGAGGAGAUCAACGAGAUGAAGGAGCUGAGAGAGCACAAUGAGAACAUGCUGAGGAACAUCCUGCCCAGCCAUGUGGCCCGACACUUCCUGGAGAAGGACCGGGACAAUGAGGAGCUGUACUCGCAGUCCUACGACGCUGUGGGCGUCAUGUUCGCAUCCAUCCCAGGCUUCGCCGACUUCUACUCUCAGACUGAGAUGAAUAACCAGGGAGUCGAGUGCCUGAGGCUCCUCAACGAAAUUAUUGCAGACUUUGACGAGUUGCUCGGCGAGGAGCGUUUCCAGGACAUCGAGAAGAUCAAGACCAUCGGCAGCACCUACAUGGCCGUCUCUGGUCUGUCUCCUGAGAAACAGCAAUGUGAAGAUAAAUGGGGUCACCUGUGUGCGUUGGCAGACUUCGCCAUCGCUCUCAAGGAGAGCAUCCAGGAGAUCAACAAGCACUCGUUCAAUAACUUCGAGCUGAGGAUUGGAAUGGCCCACGGCUCGGUGGUGGCAGGUGUGAUCGGUGCAAAGAAACCUCAGUACGACAUCUGGGGGAAGACCGUGAACCUGGCCAGCCGGAUGGACAGCACGGGGGUUAGCGGAAAGAUCCAGGUCCCAGAGGAGACCUACCUGAUCCUGAAGGACCGGGGCUUUGCCUUCGAGUACCGCGGCGAGAUCUACGUGAAGGGCAUCAGCGAGCAGGAAGGGAAGAUCCGAACGCACUUCUUGCUGGGCCGCGUUCAGCCAAACCCACUCAUCCUGCAGCCGCGCAAAAUCACGGGCCAGUACUCUCUGGCCGCCGUGGUGCUCGGCCUGGUGCAGUCGCUCAACAGGCAGAAGCAGAAGCAGAUCCUCAACGAGAACAACAACUCGGGCAUCAUGAAGGGCCACCACCACUACAACCGGAGGACGUUGUUAGCGCCCGGUGGCUCCGAGGGGGGCGGGGGGCAUCACACCGAAGCAGUGGAUAAGACUGAGCUGUCGUGAAGAGAAGACUGGAGUUUUGGUCCCACGUGGAUUUCUCAGAAGCAGAGCUGCUUGCAGGGCAGGAAAGACCCAGAUAGCGGAGUUCAACGUCAGUGUGGGCAGCUGCAGAAUGAAUGUCUUAGUAACAGAAAAGAGGGCUACAGGCCAGCUUCAGGGGUCACUGCAAAUGAAAUGUUUGCAGAUAAAUCAUCAGUUGUGUUUUUAUUUUACCUUUAUGUCCCGCAGAAUUUGUCUUUAUCCAUUUUCAUUUUGGUUGUCAAUCAAUCAAGAAGAGUUAAAAUGACGACUCUACUUACAUUUAUUUGGUCUGCAAACCUUGCAGCUAUCUGUGAAAUUUUAGCAGCAUUCAAGGACCUACCCUGGGUGUGAGACUGGAGAAAAAGGUCGCCAAACGUGAGGCCUGGGAUAGGCAAGAGAUUCUCGAACUGGAGAUUACAGCUUAGUUGAGCUGAAUUACUCAAAGACAGCCUGUGUAUGUUGAGUUAGCAUCAUGGUACACUUCUCUGGAGUUUUGAUUCAUUAGGCAAGUUCAACCGGUCCAAACACUGUUUUUUUGACCACUUAAAAUUUUGGCAUGGACAAGAAACAAGCAAAGCCACUAUGCGAAAGCAAUUGCAGAUUCUUCAAAUUGGAUUUGAACACCCUCCUCCUCACACUCUUACUAAAUAUGCAGUUAAACACAAAGCUUCAGUCACUUGCAUCAGAGUUCAGAAACUCUAAAUGGCAAUGAGACACCAUGACGCAGUGCAGAGAGAAGGAAAAAUGCAAACAGAUGACCCAUUCAGCAUGAUUAAGUCUGAUUCAGAACAUGACAACGUUACUGUCUCAACCGGUCUGCAUUAAUAUGAACCACAGAUAGACUGGGAUGUACAGUGCUGUGCAGAAACUGAGGCUAAAGUAAGGUGAUGAUGUGGCAAGUAAGCUGCUUGAAGGCACCGCUGGGCUGGAAGUAUUGAGUAUUGACACAACCCUGGUUGUGCUCUGAAUGUCCUUGCAAAAUAAUCUGUUGGUAAAAUCACCAAGUCCACGCUGUAAAGGUGGAGUAAGGAGUGGAUGCAACAAGUAAGCACAGCCUGGGGUUAUAUCUAGUAGGGUAUGGUUGCUACGAGCCCCUGGUUGUGCUGUGGGUGUUGUAAAAGCCCCAAAACCACUGGUAGUCUCAGGGUGCAUUACCAGGGGUGAAAAGGCCCAAACAAAUGAGAUCUUAUUGAUCAUCUGGCCCCAUGAUGGAUUCUUAGUGCCCUGUAUGCCUAAAACCUAUGCCAUGUUUUAGUUAGUUAGCUUAAUGCUAACACAUAAUGGAAACAGUCUUUUAAAGAAUAACAGAUUUAGCAUUGGACUAAACUAGACUUGCUUUAAGAAUGAUUAGAUUUAUUCACAAGUGUUGGUUGAAUAGAACAAUAAUUUUAUCAUUUUCUCAACAAGUAGAGGCCGAUGCACAUCUAGGAUGACAUGAGUAAACAGCAUGAAAAUGCAAAUAAUACCAAGACCGAUAUUAAUAUGAAAACAGGACAAACAUGUUCUUUAUGAAGAGGAGACAGUUUAAGCUCUUUGGUCAGCUUCAAAACUCUUCUACUGUUGGGGACAGAGAGUGUUUUCAUUGGGCAGAUGUGGACUGGUUGUGAGCGAAACUUUAGAAAAAUCAACCAUGGUUCAUCUGGUGUUCAAGGGGCUUUGGAUAUCUGGUUUUGAUGUCGAGAAUUUGAAACUUUAAGACUAUAUUCCUGAAUCAUGUCCCAUGCCCUGUGUCCAAACGUACCUCACUAUCUACAAUUCUUUUGACAAUGCAUUUUACACUAAAGCCUCAAAACAUCACAGUUUGUAUACUUUUAAAAAAAGCUGCUUCGAAGUUGGGCAUUUAAGGCUGCAACAAUCACAGAAAAAUCCUGCAAAUCUUUAAAAGACUGAUUAUUCUUACAAUAAUGCCAUUGAAGCAGCAUGCAUUUAAAUAAAUGAUGUGCAAGUUCACACAGUGACCACUUUAGAAAUCAAUAAUCUUCUGAUUAUCAUGAAUGCCAUCAAAGAAGAAAAGAGUCAGUUAAACCCAAAUGUUCUGGUUCAAAGUAAAUUCUCUGGCUCCCACCACGUAGGUUUAACUCAACCAAUGAGCUUCUUUCUGUUUCCUGCAGCAGCUCUGUUUGUGAUGAAGAUCUGUGGGACUGAAACUCCUCGUUGUUCCUGGACUAGCAGGAGGACGAUGAAGAGGAGGAGGUGUUGGGGUAAGGAGGGAGGGACCGGACAGAUUUGGACCCGCUCUCCUAUGUCGAUGUCUAUUCAGACUGAUUCCUCCCCGGACUGUGUGACGUUCCUCCUGUCGUUUCACUUCCCAUUUUUAUGUCGCCUGGCCUCCACCCCAAACCCCCCUGACCAAAUCCCAGAGACCCUG